AUGGCACAUUCCUCAACCCCACUAUCUUCCACGUCCUCGACCUCCACCACAAUACUUUCACCUCCCACAUCCAUACCGUCUUCUCCUGACUUCGACGAUUCCGAUAUCCAAGAACUGUUCUUGGUCGGAGGCCCAUCACGUCCUUUAUCUCGUUCCCGGAAGAAAAGAGGUGGUCAAGGGAUCGGAGGAAGUGUUGUUGGAAGUAUGAAACGUGGUUUGAAUCCUCGCAGGGACUCUGACCAAGCGAGAGAAGAUAGAUUGAAUGUACUUUUGACAAUAGCUGCAAUAUUAUUUUUGGUUCUAACGACUAUCUGGAUUGUGAAAUUGGGUAAUAGAAUGAACAACUAUUUCAGCUGGAUAGAAUAUCUACCGUUCUCAUGGAAGGCACACAGAGAAAACAAAGAAUUAUGA